GCGCUCCGCCCCCUCUCAGUCACUCCCAAGAUGGCGGACCUACUGGGCUCCAUCCUGAGCUCCAUGGAAAAGCCACCCAGCCUCGGGGACCAGGAGACUCGGCGCAAGGCCCGAGAGCAGGCUGCCCGCCUGAAGAAACUACAGGAGCAAGAGAAACAACAGAAAGUGGAGUUCCGUAAAAGGAUGGAAAAAGAGGUAUCAGAUUUCAUCCAGGACAGUGGGCAGGUCAAGAAAAAGUUUCAGCCAAUGAACAAGAUAGAGAGGAGUAUACUACAUGAUGUAGUGGAAGUGGCUGGCCUGACAUCCUUCUCUUUUGGGGAAGAUGAUGAGUGUCGCUAUGUCAUGAUCUUCAAAAAGGAGUUUGCACCCUCAGAUGAAGAACUAGAUUCCUAUCGCCGUGGUGAGGAGUGGGAUUCCCAGAAGGCUGAAGAGAAACGGAAGCUGAAAGAGAUGGCACAGCGACAAGAAGAGGAGGCAGCUCAGCAGGGACCGGUAGUGGUGAGCCCUACGAGUGACUACAAGGACAAGUACAGCCACCUUAUUGGCAAGGGGGCAGCCAAGGAUGCAGCCCACAUGCUACAGGCCAACAAGACCUACGGCUGUGUGCCUGUGGCCAACAAGAGGGACACACGCUCCAUUGAAGAGGCCAUGAAUGAGAUCCGAGCCAAGAAGCGUCUGCGGCAGAGUGGGGAAGAUUUGCCGCCUACCUCCUAGGAGCCCCAGCUCCCUUUGACCCCUGGGCAGGGGAGGAGAGGGGAUAAAGCUGCUAUUAGAACCCAUCUUGAAGUCCCACCUCUUAACCACUUUCAACAGUGGUUACUCAGACUGGGAGAAGCAGAUGUUUGUCACUUUUGGAUCUUAGGUGAGUGAAUGACUGAGUGACUGAUCAUGUGUGUGUGUAAGUUUGAAAGUAUAGGUGGGUAUUUAAUCUGUAUUAUUCUCAGUUCUCCUUGGAAUUUUCUUCCCUGUGAAACUGGGCUACUUUACAUUUAAUAAACAGUUUGACCCAA